UGCGUGACCCCCAACCGUGCAGUCCGAGCCCUCCUCCUUCAGUCAGCCUCAAGGUCCCAGGGCCACCUUCGCCCCACAUCCGUUUAGUCAAGCAUGUGCUCCCCAUACCGUCACCAUGAAGUUCAACCCCUUCGUGACCUCGGACCGCAGCAAAAACCGCAAACGUCACUUCAAUGCCCCCUCCCACGUGCGCAGGAAGAUCAUGUCGUCUCCGCUCUCCAAGGAGCUGCGGCAGAAGUACAACGUUCGCUCCAUGCCCAUCCGCAAGGACGACGAGGUCCAGGUGGUUCGAGGACACUACAAAGGUCAGCAAAUUGGCAAGGUAGUCCAGGUGUACAGAAAGAAAUAUGUCAUCUACAUCGAGCGGGUGCAGCGUGAGAAGGCUAAUGGCACAACUGUCCACGUGGGCAUUCACCCAAGCAAGGUGGUUAUCACCAGGCUAAAACUGGAUAAAGAUCGGAAAAAAAUUCUUGAACGCAAAGCCAAAUCUCGACAAGUUGGAAAAGAGAAAGGCAAAUAUAAGGAAGAACUUAUUGAGAAAAUGCAGGAAUGAAUAUAACCUUUUGUGCAACCACAGUUUAUCUGUAGAUUCUUUUGCCUGGUGUGUAUUCCUUUGAAACUUUUCGAGGUGUCUCUGGAACGUUUCAUUUCCUUCCUGUUUCGUUAUUGAUAUGUGGCUCUGUAUAUCUACUUUUGCUGUUUCGAUUAAUAAUUUUAUGAAAAUUGGACAUGUUUUCUUGUUCCAAAACAUAUUUAUUGCCUUUUAUGGCUCUCUAGUAACACAGGGUUUAUCUGACACUCUGGUGUUUCUUAAUAAAUGUUGAUUGAAUCAGUUAUUUCCCAUUUUGACUGGUGAAGAAAAUGAGUUUAGGUUAAUUGUCCAAAUCCCAGAGAGCAUGAGAGAUAGAGCUGGGAUUUGAACCCAGGCCUCGGUGCAUCAAAGGACAUUCACCUCCCACAGCCAUCUGCCUCUGGUGUUCCUCCUGCUCUUAAGUCAGCCCUUUCCUGGAGUCUGACAAGAGCCUACACAUUUAUAUAGAACAGAGAAGAAUUUACAUAUUUGUAGCAGUAAAAGCAUUAGUCCUUAGUGGGAAAAGCACUGUCACCAGUCGUCAAGCUCCAAUCCCAGCUCUACCACUGGACAGUCAAAGGCCUUUGAGCAAACAGCUCUUCUCUGAGCUUCCAUUUUCUCAGUAGUAAAAAGAUGGUAAUACCUUCAUUGC